CUGGGGAUUUAAAGAGCCACCACUUCCUUGGGCCUCCAUAAGGCCCUGGGAGGGGACUGCUGCUGAGGGGACAUCCAGGACCGACUGAACCUCUGUCCCCUUGCCUAAGCCAUGCAGCUCUGUGGGAGUGGCGCACUCCUGACUGGGACAGUGAGUACAGGGGACAAGGAAAGAAGUGUUAUGGAGAGAAAGCUGCCAAGGGUCCCAGGGGACAGUCAAGGAAGGAUGCAGUAAGGUCACCAUGAUCUGUGUGACCUGGGACUCCACACUGCCAUCUCAGGGUUUAGUUCCUCAUGGGCAUUGGAAGGAAGCCUUCCUGGCUUUCACCCUGCAGACCAACCUCCAGCUUUGAACGUGAACCGUGCAGAGUACUGCUUCCUCUCAAUCCAUUUGCUCUCAUCUGUGGCCUUUUCCAGAUCCUUCCCUUUUCUCCCCAAUCUCUCAAAUCACAGCUGCCUUCUUCCCCCGCUGACUCUUUCUUCCCCCAGCCUCCAUUCUUGUCCUCUGGGAUCUGCAGUUUGCCCUGAGGAGGAUAUAGCCACCAUCCAAGAAGUAAGCAGACUCCUCAGCCGGAGUGGCUUGAGUCUUGCCUGAGGUGGAGUGACAGAGACACGGCCCAGCUCUAGGCUUUUGGUUUCAAGUUCCAUUUAAGUUUUGUGGUCCCCAGGGUUGGAAGGCUCAGAGCUGUCAGCAGCAGUCCCCUCUCUGUCAAAUAGACUCUCCAUCACUUCUAGGCAGCUGCCCCACUGCAGUGUGAGUGAGCAUGGAGUCUUGUAGACCUCUUCUGUGCCAGGCAAAUACUCCUCAGGACCUUGAGGAGUCUCAGAAUCAGCUGAAGAAGAAGCAGAAGAACCGGCUGGCUGCCCAGCGCAGCCGGCAGAAGCACACCAGUAAGGCGGAUGCUCUGCACCAGCACGAAUCCUUGGAGAAACAGAACUGUGCCCUUCGCAAGGAGAUCCAGGCCUUGCAAUCUGAGUUGGCAGUGUGGGGCCGGUCGCUGCAUCUGCAUGAACGCCUGUGCGGAGUGGACUGUGGUCCCUGCCCUGUUCUGCUGCCCUCUGGAUGCCCAAUCCAGGCCAAGCCACUCUCAGGACAACCUGCCCCUCAUGGACACCAUGGCUGCCAGGAACAGCUGGGCCUGUUCCAGAAGCCCAGCUCCUCUCCUGGAUCCCAGAAACUCUCUCCAGGUCCGUGCCAUCACGAGUCUCCUGGCCUCCUUCCUUCCCCUCUGCCCUCGCUGGCCUUUGACCCUCUCAUGGUGAGGUCACCUCUCGCCCAGCUCUCCCCCAGCCCUGUCCUAUCUGCAUCAUCAUCUUCUGGCUCCAGCCUGCUGGGGUCUUUCUCUAAGUUUGAUGCCCUCAUACCCAGCCCCUCAGACCAGCUGGUCCCUCCACAGUCCCUCAGGCUGGAGCAGCCCACCAGUGGGAGGCUGGCAUCCUCCGACUCUCCAGCUGCUCUGGGGCCAGAGUGUCUACAGAACAGAGAGCAUGUACCCGCACUGUCUGCCUCCUCCACUCAUUGGCAGAGGUCACCUGUGGCCCCUAGCUCACAGGCCCUCAUGGCCUUCCCCCUGCUUUCUUCUGCAAAAGUCCACCUCUAGCCUAUGUCUAGAGAGGGGCUGCCUUACCUGGGUUCCUGAGGAAACCUGAGCACCCAGGCAGCUUCUCCAUUUCUGCUCUUCCUGAGUUAUUGAGUGCUUGCCACUACGGACCACACAAAGCCAUCCUGUCCCUCACCACCACAAAGGAUGAUGGGAGGGCCAAGUGCGAGAACCUUGGACCUGACUGGAACACUGCCUAGGUCCUUCUUAGCAGCACCCUCGACUCUGCACACUACCUUCACACUACCAUCGGACUCCCCCAAAACGGCUCCUCCUUGGCUCUUGGAACGACUAGGGCCACGACAACUAGGAGAGUAAGUGGAUCUCUGAAAGAGUGGUUGGUCAUUCAUAGCACCCAACGUGCCUCGAGCUCUUCACCAGGUUUCCACACGUGGAACUAAGACAGUGUGUCAGAAGUGGACCCACUCCUGGAUCAGAGCACACGUCUCAGCACAUGUGAUGGUAAAUAAAGGCAGUGUUUCCCCUGCCUCUCUGCUUUA